AUGGAUGUCCUCAUAUCUUCCAACAAUGUGACUGAAUUUGUUCUCUUGGGACUCACACAGAAUCCACACUUGCAGAAAAUACUCUUCAUUGUCUUUCUGUUUAUUUUCCUGUUUACUGUGCUGGCCAAUCUACUCAUUGUCAUUACCAUCACCCUCAGCCCCACACUUUCGGCUCCCAUGUACUUCUUUCUUACUUAUUUGGCCUUAAUAGAUGCCUCUUACACAACUGUCAUUACCCCCAAAAUGACCAUUGACAUGAUAAACCAAAAUAGAACCAUCUCCUUGGGUGGCUGCUUAACUCAGAUCUUUUUGGGACACUUCCUGGGAGGAUCAGAGAUCAUCCUCCUCACUGUCAUGGCCUAUGACCGCUAUGUGGCCAUCUGCAAGCCUCUGCACUACACGACCAUCAUGCAACAGGGGCUCUGCCAGCUCCUGGUGGUGGUGGCCUGGAUUGGGGGGAUCCUUCAUUCCACUGUGCAGAUUCUCCUUAUGGUCGACUUGACCUUCUGUGGUCCCAAUGUUAUUGACCACUUCAUGUGUGAUUUCUUCUCACUGUUGGAACUUGCCUGCAGUGACACCUACAGGAUAGGAAUGGUGGUGGUAACCAACACAGGGGGCAUGUGCUUGCUCAUUUUUUUCAUGCUACUCAUCUCCUACAUAGUCAUUCUGAGCUCCCUGAAAUCCCAUGGAUCUGAAAGAAGGCACAAAGCCCUCUCUACAUGUGGCUCCCAUUUUACAGUAGUGGUGCUCUAUUUUAUCCCUUGUAUAUUCAGCUACACCCAUCCUGUGGCCACUUACCCUGUGGACAAGUUGGUGGCUGUGUUCUUUACAAUCUUCACUCCCAUGUUAAAUCCUAUCAUUUACACAGUGAGAAACACAGAGGUGAAAAAUGCUAUGAGGAAUUUGUUGAAGAGGGGAGUAACCUAG